UUCACUUGUAAAAUUAUAAAUAAAUAAAAUGCAUUAAGUACCUCUAUACAAUGUAUUUAUUUCAUAUUUCACUAACUUCAUUUUUGACGAUAGCUAUGUAAAAAGAAAACACAAUAUGGAGUGUAUAAUAAAGAAAUGGCGCAUAGAGAGAGGAAACUAGUCUUCUGAUUACUAGCCAAUACCACCAAAAAAUUGUAGCAUAUCAACGUACAGACUAAGAGUUACUACCAUAAUAUGGAGGGGAAAUUGUAAACAUUAUUUUUUUGAUAUAUUAAGAAAAACAGUAUGAAAUAUAACAUAGUCUGAAUGUACACUAAGCAUAAUUAGACGUUCGUGAAAAGUCGAUUUUUUUUUUUUUUUGAAGCAGUUUCAGUUCGCGUUAGCUGCAAAUGUUUCUUUGAUAAUGUUUUUCUACAAUCUAACUUGAAAAAAAUACUGUGAUAAAAUAUUUUACCAGUUAUACUAUUAUUUUUUAUAAUACCAACGGGAAUAUUUUAUCGUUCAAUGGAAAAACAAAAAUGGUUAUUUUUAACGUUAUUAUUGACUUAUGCAUUAGCCGAACACAGCACAAAAUCAUCUAAUAGAAAACAAAUCGACAACACAGAAGACUCUACAGAAUCAAAACCUCCAGAAAAACGAGGCUUAGAAAAUGUACUUGGAUAUGGCCGAGGAACUAAUUCACACUCAUCGCCAGAAAAUUCAGGCUAUUCGGGGUUUCCAUUUAGGAAUAAUCAUGGUCGAGAUGGAAAUGAAGAGAAUACUGAACAGCUAUCGGCUAACAACGAAAACCAUAGCAGUAACGGUUUUAGUCACUUUUAUUUCGAAAGGGGCAUCCAUGAUAACGGAGGCAAUAUACAAAGACCUAAUACAGUAGGAUCAAACGACCAUCAUAGCUCGAUAGGAGGAAAAAAUGCUAACAAUCAUGGUUGGAUGGCUAAUUUUUUUAACAACGAAGGAAAACACGAAAUUUCUGGUAGAGGACAUUUUUUCAAUACAGGUCAAGGCGGCGAAGACCAACAUGAUAUUCAACAAACAUUCCAAGGGUAUGAAGGUGGCGGAAAUGUCGAUGCACACGAAUCAACCAACAAUGACGGCUUUAGGAGCAACAUUGGUGGUUACGGUGGUGGCGAUGAAAGUUUCGGGGGCGGUGGACAUGGAGGAGGAGGUGGACACGGAGGAGGAGGUGGUCACGGAGGAGGAGGCGGACACGGGGGAGGAGGUGGAUUUGGAGGAGGUGGAUUUGGAGGAGGUGGUGGAUAUGGAGGAGGUGGCCAUGGUUUCGGGUACGGAGGACACGUCAAGACGGUGUAUGUGACAAAAGAAGUACCAGUUCCGUAUCCAGUUCACGUGGAAAAAAAAGUUCUCUACCCCGUCCGAAUACCGUACGAAAAACCCGUGCCGUAUCCAGUCCACAGGCCAUAUCCAGUGCAUAUUGAGAAGCAAGUGCCCUACCCGGUCAGGAUACAUGUGCCACAACCAUACCCAGUAACGGUGGAGAAACACGUACCGUUUCCAGUAAAAGUGCACGUGGAAAAGCCUGUGGCAGUACACGUACCGAAACCUUAUCCGGUAUACAUCGAGAAAAAAGUACCAAUAAGUGUAGAUCACCCAGUUCCGUAUCCCGUAAAAAUACCAAUAGACCGCCCUGUUCCCGUACACAUACCAGUAGAGAAGCCGAUACCAUAUCCGGUGGAAAGAAAAGUACCAUAUCCAGUUAAAAUACCUGUGGACAGACCGUAUCCGGUCCACAUACCCAAACCAUACCCCGUGCACGUUGACCGACCAGUGCCGUAUGCGGUCAAAGUUCCAGUCAAAGUACCAGUUAAGGUGCCAGUUCCGUACCCAGUGGAAGUAAAAGUCCCUGUUCACAUACCUGUUCACACGCAAUCGCAGCACGGUUACGGUAACGAACCGUCAAAAUACUACCAUCAACAACAGCAACAACAACAACAACAACAACAACAACAAACACACCAUGACUCAUAUCGCCAAGGUGGGCAACUAAAUCACGAAAGCUCGUCGGACACUACGGGAUAUGGUACUGCGUUCGUAAAUAAUUACGAUAACGGAUUUACCUCGUUCGGCAACGGCCAAGAGCAAGGGACACCAGACGCCUACGGUGGUAAUGAAGACUACGGAUCUUCACACGGAUAAUCCCUGUUCAAUUUACCAAUGUAUAUACCAUAGUAAGUGACAUUUGCUGCCAUUUUAUCGAGCUUGUUGCGCUCGACACAAUUAAGCAUAUUUUAGAGUUGUAUAACAUUGUAAUAACAAUACUUUAUAUACAAAUAAAAAUAAUAUUUGUACACAUUAUUGUUAUAAUAUCUGCUAUAGGUUUUCUCAUGAUCAUAGUCUUUAGAAUAAAUGUACGACAAAAAUAAUAUUUAAUUCGUGUUUGUAGAUAUUUUUGCGGUACUUAUAUGGCUGUACCUGUGCACCUUCAUUAUACUAUCGAUGCGUUUUACGGUUCAUAAUAUCACUCUAACCUUGAAUUUCUUAAAGUUUCAGUUUACGAGUAGAAAUGUAUAUUAAUCGACGCGUGGAAUGACUUGGUGUAGGCGGACUACCAGUUUCUAAUUCCGUAUCGUAAAGAUACGAAUACAGAAAAAAAAAACGUAAUUUAAAAAUUCGACGUAAGUAGACGCAACACGACAAAUAUGUGAACGUCUGUCGGUCUGUUCCGGCGUGUAAAAUGAGCUCUAUUAUUUAUUUAGCAAUCCGCACUCGCAAUCCCGCGUAUCCGUGUUUUCUUAUUUGUAGUACCGACCUAGAGUUAUAGUGGAUCGCGAAAAAUGCCAGAGCAAUUACUGAUUAUUUCGGUUAUUAUAACAUUUUUGAAAACUAAAAUGAAUUCUACUUUCGUUUCCCGUCCGGUAUCGCGUGUACACGCAUAUUCUAACAAUACAACGACAAUAACAACGACGACGACGACAUACCGAAUUAUAGAAGAAGAAACCGAAACCGUUCGUUUUGUCUGUAUGCGGUUUCCCCCUACUGGCUAUCACGAAUAUAUAACGAUCAUCAUCUGUAUAUAGUGCAUACCGAUGAAAUCGUAUUAGACGUCUGUUGACAAAACUACAGUAUAGUUCUAUUAAAUAGCUAUUUGAUAUUCGCGACACACUAUAUCAUUAUUAUUAUAUUAUGAUUAUUAUUAUUAUUACUAUUAUUAUUAUUAAAUUAUCGUAUUGAGCGACAGGUAUUGUUGACGUUAGUGAAACUACGCCGCGUAAAUACAAAAUUCCGUUACCAUAUUAUAAUAAAAUACAGUUAAUCAUAUAAGUAUAUAUUCGUAUAACUACC